GGCCACGUGGGUAUUAUGAGUUCAGCUGUUCAGGAGGAGGUUAAAAAAAGGGACAAUCCGGCCGGUCCGUGGCAGGUUGCGGAGAUGGAGAAGCUGCGGGAGCUGCGUGUGGGCUUCAUCGGGGCGGGGCGCAUGGCCGGCGCUGUGGCCCAGGCGAUCCUGCUGGCAGGUAAGGGCAAGUAGGAGAGGCAAGGUGUGUUGUGGGGGGAGGGGAAUCUCCUGCAUGCGCAAAAUCCUAGAAAAAGCCCAAAUCAGCAGGGGGCUGGGAUCUUAAAAACCCCUUGUAGGAAAAAGGAACGCCAUCGGAUUGCAAACGAGGCUUGCUUUUGAGUAAACCUGCUGUAAGUGAUGAGGGGUCCAGAGGCCAAAGGUGGCGGAUCUGUUGUUGCGCGGUGCAAAGGGCGUAGGUUGGAAGACAAACUAAAUAUGAUUUCUGGUUAGAAUAUUUGCAGGGCGCUCGGCUAGGUGGCCCCGCGGCUGGGGGGACUUUUCCAAAUCUCCAGUUCUGUGAGGCUGGGAAAGACUCACCCCCUGGCUGAACUGUCUUUGGGUAAGGCAGCCGCUAUAUCUGUUGGGAAGAGGCAUUGCAACAGCAGGUGCCUUGUUUUGAGAAGAUGGGUAGGCAAACUAAGGCCCCGGGGCCGGAUCCGGCCCAAUCGCCUUCUCAGUCUGGCCCGGCGAGGGUCCGGGAAUCAGCAUGUUUUUACAUGAGUAGAAUGUGUCCUUUUAUUUAAAAUGCAUCUCUGGGUCAUUUGUGGAGCAUAGGAAUUUAUUCAUUCUCCCCCCAAAAAAUAUAGUCCAGCCCCCCCCCCCCCAAGGUCUGAGGGACAGUGAACUGGCACCCUGCUGAAAAAGUCUGCUGACCCCUGGGCUAGAAGAUGGUGAAGUAUCUGCUGCCAAGCUAGUUCAGCUGUGCUGCAACUUUGGUUUUGCAGAUGGUCCUGAACUAGAAUUUCCAUCAGCCCCAGCCAGCAUAGCCAAAAGCCAGGAGUGAUGAGAAUUAUAGUUCCACGACGCCAGGUGGGCCAAAGGUUCCCCACACCCAAGUCAGAUAAUGUUGCAUUAGAUGGGUGAAAUAUUAUUAUUAAUAAUAAUAAUAUAUUAUACCCCGCCCAUCUGGCCAGGCCUCCCCAGCCACUCUGGGCGGCUUCCUACAGAAUAUUAAAAACACAAUAAAACAUCAAACAUUAAAAGCUUCCCUAAACAGUCUAAAAAAUCUCACAAUGUACAGAUUCAUAAGUCUGUGUGCUACAGGACUUCUGUUUUUGCAUGGAAUUGAGUAUUCAGAGCUUAGCCCAGCUGCAGCUUAAUAGCAUUGGUAGCAAGCUCAUUUAAUUUUACAGCACAGUGUAAGCCUACGUACGCUUAAGUUCCAUCAAGUCUAAUGGGGCUUACUCUGAGAAAGUGCUACAGGAUUGCAAGUAGAUUAGGACUUAAAAGCAAAAGGUAAAAAUAUAGCUAAACUGACUCUAAAAUACCAAAAGCCCAUUACAGAUACGGGUUCAGAGGAGGGUUUUUUUCUAGAAGGGGUAAGUGGAGUCCCCCACACCCUUAGGCCAAACUUUGUCCUGUGAAAUACCUCCAAGUGGAAGAAUUUUUCCAAGGCCUUCAGACAUGACAAAACUUGAGUAACAACCACCACCUCCAUGUGUAUUAAGCAAUACAGAAUUGUGUGCUUUAUAAACAGUAGUUCAGUAACAUCUUUCAGUUAUCUAGUUCUGGGCUGCAAAAUAGGUGGGGCUUACUUCAGAGUAAGUGUAUUGCAAAUUGUGUCCCAGAAUGGGAGGUGGGGGAAAGUUUUGUAACCGAGUGUAACUGAGCUUUUUAUUGCUUUACAUCCAUCGUGGAAAAUUACUCCGGCUCAUGGAAAGAUACUCAUCUGUCUUUGAUGAUUCCCUUCCUUGUUCCUUGUAGCACAUAACACCCCGUGCACAAACCCCCAACUGAAUCCUGUCCCAUUAAAGUGCCAAAUUGCCUAGAAAGUUGUGCAGGGGAAACUUGGCUAACAGCAUGCUGGUUGCACAGUCAAGAUGAUAAGCAGGACAUCUAAUUGCACAUGGAAAAGGACCAGCAGCUGGUAGAGCAAGGCAGAAACAUGGUCUUGAAAGGCAUUAUGUGCCAGGAGAGGUUUCCAAAAUUUCCAAACAUACUCCAUGGACAGUCCCAUUUAGAGUUUGUUUACGAUACGAUACAAUACAAUACUAUGAUCUUUAUUGUCAUUGUCGCAUACAGAGCAACGAAAUUGAAAAAUCUACAUAAGACAUUCAAAACCCAACAAGCCUGCUAUCCCAGCUAUCCCAACCUGGUUAGCCCCUAAAAACUCUGAUACUCCAUUUUAAAAUACAAUAUACAGUACUCCCAUACAGACUCAUUAAAGGUAAAGGGACCCCUGACCAUCAGGUCCAGUCAUGGUCGACUCUGGGGUUGCAGCCCUCAUCUCGCUUUAUUGGCCGAGGGAGCCGGCGUACAGCUUCCAGGUCAUGUGGCCAGCAUGAUAGAUAAACUUUAUUCGCAUUAGCCAAUGGCCAUAGCAACAUAAAACAAGCAAUAUAUACAAUUAGUCAUGUGGCCAGCAUGACUAAGCAGCUUCUGGUGAACCAGAGCAGCACACGGAAACGCCAUUUACCUUCCCGCCAGAGCGGUACCUAUUUAUCUACUUGCACUCUGACAUGCUUUCAAACUGCUAGGUUGGCAGGAGCAGGGACCGAGCAACGGGAGCUCACCCCAUAGCUGGGAUUCGAACUGCCAACCUUCUGAUCGGCAAGUCCUAGGCUCUGUGGUUUAACCCACAGCGCCACCCGCAUCCCUUUACAGACUCCUUACACUGCGUUUAAAUCCAAAAUCGCAUUUGGGUAGAAACUGUUUCUCAGGCGGCUAGUCCUAGUGUUUAUAACCCUGUACCUUCUUCAAGAAGGCAGAAGCUGAAAGAGAUCAUUUCCGGGGUGCAUUUACUGUAAUCUCAUGACCCCUAUCUACAUGUCAUAAAUGCAUGGGUCACCGUGGCUGGGUCUGACCACUCCAGGAGCCUUCCACAAUUGGUUGCUGCAGCAAGGCACUCCUGACCACAGCUGCCGCCUGACCAACAGGGGCAGAGCUGUGUGCAGGAACACACCAAAACGGCAAGCCCCAUCUUUCAGGGGGAGUGUAACCCUAUCACUGGGCUUGUUCAUCCCCUGGCGAGAACACACCUGCCUUGUGCAGUCUGAGUUUCAGCUUGUUCAUCUGCAUCCAGUCCAGGGCCUUCUCAGUAGUAGCACCCAUCCUGUGGAACGCCCUCCCUUCAGAUGUGUAGGAAAUAAGCAGCUAUCUUAUCUUUAAAAGACAUCUGAAGGCAGCCCUGUUUAGGGAAGUUUUUAAUAUUUAAUGCUGUAUUGUUUUUAACACUCAAUUGGGAGCCGCCCAGAGUGGCUGGGGAAACUCAGCCAGAUGGGCGGGGUAUAAAUAAUAAAUUAUUAUUAUUAUUAUUAUUAUUAUUAUUAUUAUUAUUUAUUAAUUCAUGUGGUGGUUCAGGACCUCUACAGCUUCCCUGGACUGAGAUGGGAAGGAGAUCCAGAGCUGUGUGGCAUCUGCCUAUUGGUGACUGUGAACUCCAAAACUCUAGAUUCUCUUUCUGUGUGGGUUUCAUGUCGAUGUUGGGUAGGUAGAGGGCAAGGUGGAAGUUUUGGGGGGACACCCGAAAACAAAAGUGCCGAGCAGGGGCUGCCCCUCGGAACUACCUUCUGGAAUCUGCCCUCCAGGAAAAGCCGGAGUCUCUUUAUUACGGCACCCAGAAACCCCAUCCCAGGAAGGACAGCAGGGCCGAUGGCACCGAAAGUGGCUCAGGACGCCAUCGGAAAGAACAGGGACGUUCUGCCCGGAUCCAGCGUCCAGCAUCAAUCAUCCGCCAGGGCGACCGAGGCAGUUUCAGUCCCCAAACCAGGUUGGAAACCAGACUAAAAUGACUGAAGAUAAUCUCCCACUCCCAGGAAGUCCUGGAGUAGGAUCAUCACCACACACCCAUGCAUCUUGUUCAAAAACGGAAAGUUGGAGACCAGACGGUAAAUGCUGAUAUUCUUAGGGGUCUGGAGAGUUCCUUUAGCAAAGGAUGAACUACUACAGUGUUUUAGUUAGCUAGCAUAGUGUGGACACACUUUCACAGAUACAUUAAUCCUCACCAUCUAAGCCAGGGAAGCAGGGUUUGGAAUAAUAAUAAUAAUAAAAAAUUAUAUGCUGUCCAUUUGACUGGAUUGCCAGCCACUCUGGGUAGCUCCCAACAAAUUAUGAAACCACAGCAAAACAUUAAAAACUUCCCCAAACAGGGCUGCCUCCAGAUGUCUUCUAUAUGUUGUUGGGCUCCCAACUCCUUUCCAUUCCAAUGGUUAGGGAAGAUGGCAAGUAGAGUCUUGCACACCUGGAAGGCAACGGGUUGUGCAUCCCCUGCCCUGAACCACUUGCAGCCCAAAUUCCUUGAGAUUGCAGAAGGGAAAUCCUCUAAGGGUGUUUCCCUUUUUCCCAAAGAGGUGAAGAUGUCAGUUGUGCCCUCUGGAAUCUGCUCAUGGUCAAAACUUUCCUUUAUCAAUAGUGGGGAACGAAUGUUUUUCCAGAGAGUUUUGUGAGCUACAGAUGAGUCCAUUCUGACUAUUACUUAGAUCUGAUGAAGUUGAACUUGUUGCCUUGCCCUUUUUUUUUUUGCAAGACAGCUUGCAAAAGCAGAGUGGUCUUUCUUCUGCUGGGCUCGUGUUUGGGCAAAGCAUAAGGUGCUGUACAUUCAGCCAAGCUUUCUUUCUCCCCAUCUCUCGCAGGAGAAGUCCAGGCAGUGAAUAUCUUUGCCAGUGCUCCAUCCAACAGGAACCUGGACAAGUUCCAGGUAAGUGAAAGCCAAAUGUCAACAGGACCUGAAUCAAAAGGGCCGUGAAAUGCUAAAGGCCAUCCAUUCAGUGGCAGCCACUAACUUGGAUGGCUUGAAAAGGGGAAUUCAUUCUAACAAAGGAGGAAUGGCUUUUAAAAGUAAUGGACUAUGUUGAAAUGGCAAACUGACAGCAAUAUUAAGAGAUUGAAAUGAUGGAAUUCUUAUAGAAGGAGGGAAGCCCUUUUUGGACUAUUUGGAAAAGCACUAUAGUCAAAUGAAAUCAUGGGCAGGCUUGAGAUAGGAGCAGCGGAAGUAAAAUGACAAAAUAAAUGUAUUAGAGGGAUUUCUGUAAUAGACAAGUGUUUGAUCUAUAAUGCAGUAGACGUCAAUACAUGAAAUGACGUUGCUAUUUAAUUUGAAGUCAGUUUGCAAAAAUUGGAAAAUUCAAUAAAAGUUACAUUAAAAAAAAAAAGAGCAAUUCAGAUCUGUUGAUCCAUGGGAAAAUUAAGCACUGGGAAAUGUUCUGCCCCACAUCACUGAGUGUCUAAACACCAGUUAGCCAGAGUACAUGAGUGGGGGAGCUGUGUGCACUGUUGGACUCGUCGCAGUUGUGGCUUUCCUAGAGCCAUGUGCUCAACAUAGGCCUAUGGUCUGAUCCACCUGCAGGGCAUGAAGUUCUCAUGUUCUUACCUUGUGAUCUCUCUUUUGAAUAAAGACCUUUGAGUGCAAGACGACGCACUCUAACCUGGAGAUUCUGGAGAACUGCACCAUCGUAUUCCUGGCUACCAAGCCCCAUGUGCUCCCCACGGUUCUGCGAGAGAUCGCAUCUGCGGUCACCAAAAAACACGUCGUUGUCUCCAUGGCAGCUGGAGUCACACUGCAGGCCUUAGAAGAGGUGAGUUCUUGGAGGAGCAAGCCCACGGGCCCAUCCCCAUAGGCACAGCCAGCAUGGUGAAGUAGGGCGUUAGUGAACCUUGCAGCCCAAUCAUCACUGUACUCUCCAUUGAAUUUGCUUUGGGCUGGAACUUGAUUGUAAAAGUUUAGGGAAGCUUUUAAUGCUUAACAGACCACUGUAUUUUAAUUUUUUGUUGGAAGCUGCCCAGAGUGGCUGGGGAAACCCAGCCAGAUGGGCGGGGUAUAAAUAAUAAAUUAUUACUAUUAUUAUUAUUAUUGCUGCCGCCACCUGGUAUGUGCAGGUGAGGCUGCAGCUCACUGGAACAUCUCAGGUUUUGCACACAAUCAUGUCAAAUCCUUGGCACUUGCAGUUUAAACAGAAUCUCUGUUAGCAGAGAAGGCCAGUGCUAGUCCUACUCAGAAUAGACCCACUGAAAUGAAGGCGCAUGACUAACCUGGGCCCAUUAUUUACUUUAUUUAGUUGUAAUCUGCACUUUCAUAAAAAAUAAAUAAAUAUUGAGGCGGUUUGCAACUUGUAAGGGAAAAAAUCCAUCAAAAAACAUAAGAGAAUACAUGUUGGUUAAAAAGGAAAUUCAUACUGCAAAGGAUUGUCUACUUAAUUUCAAUGGGUUCGCUCAGAGUAAAACUUGGUCGGGCACAACCCUUAGAUCAGUGGUUCCCAAAGUGGGCGGUACUGCCCCCCCGGGAGGGUAUUGGGAUUACUUGCGGGGGGUGCUAAGAGGCAAGGGGUGGCAGGGGGAAAUGACUAUCAGGCUUUGAAAGCUGGCAUCGCUGGACUAAGUUCAUCUGUUUCGUUCAAUUAAUUAAACCAAACAGUUUUAAUUGGAUUUUGAAUAAAUGGCAAUUAUGGUUUUCAGUUUUAGAGAGCUCAGUCGGUAGAGCAUGAGGCUCUUAAUCUCAGGGUUGUGGAUUCGAGCCCCACGUUGGGCAAAAUAUUCCUGCAUUGCAGGGGGCUGGACUAGAAGACCCUCGUGGUCCCUCCCAGCCCUACAAUUCUAUGCUUCUGUGAUUAUCUUGUUGGGUCACGCUGGCUGCUGUUCUGAAUAAUGUUUUUAAUAGGAGAGGGAGCACUGGGGGUGAGUUUAUGGAACCAAGGAGGUGGUGGCCCGAAAACAUUUGGAAACCACUGCCUUAAAUUCCCCAUAACUUCUAGGUGGUAAUCAUAUUAUCCACUCAGUUUAAACAACAUCUCAUUAAACAACCUGUUCCGAAUGCAAGGAAUCCCUGCAGAAUGUUGCAACUUAAGCUCAAUCCUUGUGGCUAAAUGUUAGGCAAAGCAUCCCUGCUUGCAACACUAAAUGCACAUCCCCUCUUCUUCUUUUCUGGGGUUCCACAGCUGCUUCCGACUGGGACCAAAGUGCUGCGGAUCAUGCCCAACCUUCCCUGUGUGGUCCAGUCGGGUGCCAUCGUUCUGGCUCGGGGCACCUGCGCUGAGGAAGAGGAUGUGGCCCUGCUGAAGAGGCUGCUGUCUCACAGCGGGCUGUGUGAAGAGGGCCCCGAAUCCUACAUCGACAUCCACACGGGGCUGAGCGGCAGCGGCGUUGCCUAUGUGAGCUGCCUUUUCUGUUGGGUCCGCAAGUGGCCUCUUAAAUAGUAGGCAUGGCAUUGGGCUUAAACACAUAUUCUGCAGUUCUCGUCUUGGCCUUUCUACGUUUGGGGUCCCCUAUUGUGCAUGGCUGCCCACUGGACCUUCAGCCGUUGCUGGAGUACAGCUCCCCAUCAUCUUAUUGCUUUGGCAUGGCAGUGGGGAAGAUGAAAGUUGGAGUCCAACAUCAUAUUCAAAUUAGCCAAGCACAAGUGAGCUUCAAGUCAAUUCAUGUGUUAGUUUAAACCACGAGGACACUGUCUAGCAACCUAGACAACACUUGCUUAUAAUCUUUGCUUUGUCUAAGUUAACUCUACCCCCAAAAGCAGAGGCAUUUUGUUUACUUUUCUCUACCCGCUUGUUGAGACCAAGAUGCCUGCUACUUUUGCUCUCUCAUCUCCUCAUGCCGCAAAUAGUUCCUGCAUGAAUAAAGCCUUUGAACUCCAGAAAGUGAUUAUUGUAAUCUAAUUGGACGGUCUGGUAAUGGUUUCCUCUUCUUUAUUCUCUUCCCAUCGCCACAGGCAUACAUGUUUGCUGAAGCAUUGGCGGAGGGAGCUGUAAAGAUGGGGAUGCCGGGGGCUAUGGCCCAGAAGAUUGCUGCUCAGACCCUCUUGGUAAGGGGCUGUGAUUCUUGCCAACCUCCUCCGUCCCUCCACCAUCCCAUCCCUCCAUAAUCUCCCUUGGUAACCUCUAGGUUUAAAUGAUUGUAAUGUGUUAUAUGUAGGGAUGCCUCUCAAGACAGUUCGGAAACUUCAGCUGGUGCAGAAUUCAGCAGCCAGGCUGCUCACUGGGGCAAGAUGGUUUGCAGCCCAACUGCAAGGGCUGCCAAUUACUGUAGGUUAUGGGCCCAGUUCAAAGUGCUGGUUAAACCGCUCAGGGUCGCAAUACCUCAAGAACCGCCUCUCUAUAGGAACCAACCCAGACCCUGCAAUCAUCCUGCAACACAGGGAUCUUUUGCCUAACCUAGAUCUCAAACCCAUAACCCUGGGAUUAAGAGCCACAUGCUCUACAGACUGAGCUAAGGGUCUAUAAUUCUUUCCUCGAAGCUUGAAUUUCUUCUGGAUUCUUUUUAACUUGAUGUUUCAUUGUUGUAAACUGCUUUGAGAUUUGCUAUUUAAAAUACAGUGGUACCUCUGGUUGCGAAUGGGAUACGUUCCGGAGGCCCGUUCGCAACAUGAAAAGAACGCAACUCGCAGCGGUGCAUCUGUGCACACGCAGGUUGUGAUUCGCUGCUUCUGCGCAUGCGCGCGAUGUCAUUUUGCACGUCUGUGCAUGCGCGAGCGGCGAAACCCGGAAGUAACCCUUUCCGGUACUUCUGGGUUGCUGUGGGAUGUAACCUGAAAGAACGUAACAUGAAGCGGACGUAACAUGAGGUAUGAUUGUAUAAAGCAGUAUAGAAAUGAAAAUAACGUUAAUAAUAAUUUAUUAUUUUUUCCCCAGCCACUCUGAGCGGCUUCCAACAAAACUCUAUUGCAGGGGGGACCGACCCAGAGCCUAGACCUUCCAUUGUGGUGACCAUAACCUAGGUUUAAGGUGCCAUUUGACAAUUAGAUUAUAUAUCUGAGUUUCUAACACUGUGACUGAGCGGUGAUCUGAACUUUGGUUCCUUGCGUGGAAAACCAAUGCGCCAUCCACUCCCCACCCCUACCCCCAAUCGUCGAAUCUGAAACUGUAUUUGUUGUCUUUUCUUCCAGGGAGCAGGAAGAAUGAUCCUGGAAACAGGAGAGCACCCAGCGGUUCUGAGAAGUGCUGUUUGCACCCCCGGGGGAACAACCAUCCACGCCUUGCAUGAGCUGGAGAAGGGGUCUCUACGCUCCACUGUCAUGAACGCUGUCGAGGCAGCCACCUGCCGCGCUCAGACAUUGGGCAAGCGAUAGGAAGGGGUGGGCAUGUGGUGGCCUUGGCGAUGGAGGCCCCCGCAUCUUAUGCGUGGGAUCAGCAUAGAGAACCACCUGGAAGAAUUCUGGGGCAGAUGGCCUGGAGCUGUUGCACAUGUGAACUUCACAAUGGCAGUCUGCUUUUUCUUUGGAAGAUUGACACUUAUGGGAUUUUCUCCCCCCUCCCGCCCCCGCCGCAUGACUCAACAGCAAGGGAAGAAUCCACACCAGUGACAAUCAUCCUCUCUCUCCGAGCCCUCAAUAUUAUUAAACACACCCAACUCUAGGCUUCCUAUCGACAUGUUAGCUUCUCUUGUGUCCUUAUUAUGUACCAAAGUUACCUGAGCAUACAAGCACUAGCAGAAACGAGCCUUUUGCACUGUAAAAGGUAAAGGUGAAGGACCCCUGACAGUUAAGUCAAGUUGCGAAUGACUCUGGGGUUGCGCUGCUCAUCUCACUUUACUGGCCGAGGGAGCUGAUGUUUGUCCGCAGACAGUUUUUCCAGGUCAUGUGGCCAGCAUGACGAAGCCGCUUCUGGCAAAACCAGAGCAGCGCACGGAAACGCUGUUUACCUUCCCGCCGGAGUGGUACCUAUUUAUCUACUUGCACUUUGACAUGCUUUC